AAAAAUUCAGCCUAAGUGUCAAAUAAAUAGUAAGCCACUUGUAAAAAGGAGAGCCUGCUCCAAUGAACAACACUUUCUUUUUAUUAUACUCGAGGGAUGAGGGAAGUUAGAAAAGACGAGAGGUCUCAGGCAGAGGUGCUUCCAAAUUUCAUAUCAAGGUUCAUGCAGUAAACAGAUUCAGGUCUAAAGUUUGAACUACAAUGAAUAUAAGAUGGCCAAGGCUUCUAAUACCCACACAGCUCUCACAAAUUAUAAAGAGCCAGAAAAACCCUUUAAAGGCUCUUCAAAUAUUUAGAGAGGCAAAAUGCAGAUACCCUAGUUAUCGUCACAAUGGGCCGGUCUAUAAUACAAUUAUCAGCAUCCUUGGAAACUCAGGCAGGAUAGCUGAGAUGAAGGAAGUGAUCUGCCAAAUGAGAGAUGACUCUUGUGAAUGUCGAGAUUCAGUUUUUGCUGGUGCCAUCCGAACUUAUUCAAAGGCCGGUCUUUUAGGUGAAGCCAUUGCACUAUUUAGAAGCCUUCCCCAAUUCAACUGUGUGAACUGGACAGAAUCUUUUAAUACACUUUUGGAGAUAAUGGUGAAAGAAUCUAAGCUAGAGACUGCUUAUCUGCUCUUCCUGGAGAAUUUUUCUAGCUGGGAAGUGAAGUCUAGGACCCAAUCUCUGAAUUUGCUUAUAAAUGCUUUGUGUCGGUUGAAUCGUUCUGAUCUUGCUUUAAAUGUUUUCCAAGAAAUGUAUUACCAAUGCUGCAAUCCUGACAGGGAAACUUAUAGGAUUCUCAUGAGGGGUCUCUGUCAAGAUGGGAGGCUCAAUGAAGCCACGCAUUUACUGUACUCAAUGUUCUGGAGGAUAUCCCAAAAGGGUAGCAGCAGCGAUGUUGCUAUAUACAGAAUUCUCUUGGAUACUCUGUGUGAUAAUGGAGAGGUUGAGGAGGCAGUAAAUAUUCUUGGUAAAGUUUUAAGAAAGGGACUUAAGGCUCCAAAACGAUACCACCAGCAUCUGGAUCUUAGUGAAUGUUAUUCUGGUGGCAGAGCUGAUAUUACAAGCAUAAAGGUUUUGAUAAAUGAAGCUUUGAUUAGAGGUGGAGUUCCAAAUACAGAUGGUUACAUAACAAUGGCCAUUGACCUAUACGCUGAAGGAAAGAUUAAUGGAGGUGAUAAAGUACUGAGUGAAAUGCAGGACAGAGGCUUCAGACCAUCAUCACUGGUCUUUGAAGCUAAGGUCGCUGCAUUAUGUAGAGAUGGUAGAGUUGAUGAUGCAGUAGCAGUACUUGAAAGAGAGAUGGUGGAGAAAAAUUGCAUUCCAUCUGUGAAGCUAUACAAUGCUGUAAUAAAAGGUCUUUCUGAAGGACGAAAAUCUGUGUUUGCCAUCAGGUACUUAGAGAGGAUGUCCAGGCAGAUUGGUUGUGGACCUGACCACGAGACAUAUACUCUCGUAGUAGAUGGCCUUUGUAAUGAUGGUAAAUAUGUUGAAGCAAGUAAUAUAGUCGAGGAAAUGUCAAAUAACUCUUUUCGGCCUAGAAAUGAAACUUACAAUAAACUCAUCCAAGGUCUUUGUUUGACAGGAAGUUCUUAUAAAGCCAUCAUGUGGUUGGAGGAGUUAAUCAGUGAAGCAAAAAUACCAGAACUUUCUACAUGGAAUUCAUUGGUGUCUUCAGUUUGUUCUGAAUCUGUUUGUACUCAGACUUUCUCUGACACAAUGAAAUUACUGGUAGAUUCUUCUUGAUAGUGUAUCUAGAGCAUUCUCUUGUAUUUAGGUCCGUGUACUGGUUGAUGGUUGCUCAUAGAAAGUUGUAUAUGCAAUUACUUUCACCCAACAAUCCAAGAAAUUAGUAAAUUAAAGCUGAUAGAAGAACGGAAGAAAGCAAUAUUUUGUACUGAAUUGACGUGUGCUUGAAAUACUAAUUGAAAUUU